UGGCGUAGGCUUCACUCCCAUAGAAGUCCUUGCACCACAGUUUAGUGCUUAUAUAUGAAUAUAAAAGUAGCCGAUUGAGAAAUAAUUGCUGCUAGGACCUAUUACCAAAGAAAUUAACACUGAAAAAUUGGUAGAGAGAAACGACGACGACAAGGAGCAUAUAUUUUACAUAUAAAUGGAUAAAGUAUUAUUAAUGGUGGUACUUCAAAAUAUGUUGCUGCUCUUUGUUUUCGCCAUUAUUUCUUUUGGGGAUUUAAUACUUGCCGCUGGGGGAAUCAACAAUGAGGAUGUUGACAGAAGAAAACUGGCCACUGAAAAUCCAGGUUUCAUAAGCAUUGAUUGUGGGGUGGAGGAUGACUACUUUGAUGAUGCAACCGGGAUAUUUUUCAAGUCUGACAAAGAUUUCAUUAGCAGUGGAGAAAAUCACGAGACAUUACUAGAAUUCUAUUUCAACAAUAAUCAAUUUGGGAAGCGAUACAAGACCCUUAGAAGUUUCCCACAGGGAAGGAAGAAUUGCUACACCCUGAAACUUGAACAAGCUAAGAACAACAGCUACCGAAUCAGAGCUUCCUUCUCGUAUGGAAAUUUCGAUGGCAAGAAUCAGGCCCCCAAGUUUGACUUGUAUAUCGGGGUUAAUUACUGGACGACUGUGGAAUUCAACUUUACUAGUAGGUUCUACGAGGUUAUUCACGUUUUUCCUGCAGAUACAGAGUAUGUUUGUCUUGUGAACACUGGUUCUGGAACUCCUUUGAUUUCUUCAUUGGAGAUUAGACCUUCAAACUAUUCGACUUCUGGAACUGGCUCUUCAGCACUGAUUAAUAUGGGGAUUUACGACCUGGGUUCCGAUGCUGGCCAGCAGGUUGGUGUCAGGUACAAGGAUGAUAUUUAUGACCGUGUCUGGUAUCCUGCCCAACUUCCAAGCUCUGUUCCAUUUAAUACCUCAUUGGAUAUUGAUAUUCAAGGCAGUGGUAAUUUGUAUAAACUACCAGCUGAGGUGUUGAGAACUGCUGUCCAGCCAUCCAAUGGCUCCAAGUCCUUGACUUGCUCUUCCUCUUUCAAUUCUGAUUAUGAAUACAAUGUCUACUUUCACUUUGCUGAACUUGAGGAUUUGGGAAAUGGUCAACUAAGAGAAUUAAGCAUAACUUUGAAUGCUGUCAAGUACGGACCUGUUACUCUUGAAUACUUAAAGCCAUUGUCCAUAAGUUUCCAGAAGUUGCGGAUUGAAGGGAAUAUUGAUUUUACUAUUGAUUCAACAAUUGAGUCUGGCCUUCCUCCAAUCCUCAAUGCUCUCGAGUUUUACCAACUUCAUCAAUUCCAACUUUCUCCUACAGACCUAUCAGAUGUUGAUGCUGUCAUGUCCAUCAAGCAUACAUACAAAAUAAACAGAGAUGACUGGCAAGGAGACCCAUGCCUCCCAAAAGAGUAUUCGUGGAGUGGUUUGAGCUGCAGGUUUAACAGUACUCCAAGGAUAAUCUCACUGAACCUGAGUUCAAGUAACUUAACAGGGGAGAUAUCUCCAUCAUUGGCUGAUCUGCAGGCAAUAGAGUCCAUUGACUUAUCAUACAAUGAAUUGACUGGGUCUGUGCCAGAAGUUUUAGCACGACUGCCAAACUUGAAAGUCCUAGAUUUAUCAGGGAACAAGCUUAAGGGCUCAAUUCCCCAGUCUCUCAAGGACAAAUCUGAUAAUGGAUCACUGCUUCUAAGUUUCAGUGAAAAUAAAAAAUCAUGCCGGAAGGAUUCAUGUGAAGAAAAUAACAAGAAGUUUAUUGUUCCACUUGUUGCAUGCAUUUUAUCUGUUUUGGCCCUUGUUAUCCUCCUAAGCAUUCUAGUCAUCUUUCACAGAAUAAAAAGGAGAAAACAAGCAGAGGUUGUUAAUACUAAUGCAUCAAAUAAGGAAGGGUUAUUGAAAUCCAAGAAUAGACCCUUUACUUACUCUGAGAUUGCUAGAGUUACUGAUAACUUCAAAAACGAAAUUGGAGUGGGAGGAUUCGGAAAAGUGUUCCUUGGUCACCUAAAUGAUGACACUCCAGUCGCUGUGAAGUUGCUUUCUUCAUCAUCAAAGCAAGGAUACAAGGAAUUCCAAGCAGAGGCACAACUCUUGAUGAUUGUUCAUCAUAAGAACCUUGUUUCUCUAAUCGGUUAUUGCAAGGACGAUGACAACAUGGCACUUGUUUAUGAGUUCAUGUCUAAUGGAAACCUGAGGCGGCAUUUAUCUGAGACAAACAAAACUGUUUUAAAUUGGAAACAAAGACUUCAAAUUGCGACUGAUGCUGCACAAGGGUUGGACUAUCUUCAUAAUGGCUGUAAGCCCCCCAUAGUCCACAGAGAUCUGAAAACUUCCAACAUCUUAUUGACUGAAAGCCUGCAGGCGAAGAUAGGUGAUUUUGGACUGUCUAGAGUUUUCUCUACGGAUAAUGCCUCUUACACUUCAACCUGCCCAGCUGGCACAGUGGGAUACCUUGACCCUGAAUUUCAUGCAUCAGGAAACUUAAAUAAGAAAAGUGACGUUUACAGCUUUGGGGUAAUUCUAUUUGAGCUCAUCACAGGUCUGCCUGCAAUAAUAAGAAUCAGCGCCGAGGACAGCAUAAACUUACUUCAAUGGGUGAGUCCUAUAAUUCAGACAGGAGAUAUUCGAAAUAUUGUUGAUCCCAGGUUGCAAAAUGACUUCAACGUCAAUACUGCGUGGAAAGCUGUGGAGAUAGCUAUGUCAUGUGUACUGCCAACUUCAAUGCAGAGGCCACACAUGAGUCAUGUAUUUGCAGAACUAAAGGAAUGUCUUGCUUUAGAGAUAGCUUUUGGAAGAAAUGAUCAGAGGGUUCAAAACGAGAUGACACGCUCAAGCAACUCAAUGGAGAUGACCCCUUUGGAGAUGGAGUCAGAUAUGUUUCCCAUCGCUAGAUAGUGGCUCUACAUAAACACUUACCUUUUGGACCACAAUUUGCUGGAAUUCUAAUUUCUUAAAACAAUUAAAGCGGUGUGGCUAGUGUCUUUACAAUUCUUUGCUCAUUAUUCAAAAUCAACUCUUUUAUUGGGUAAACCGUAAUCGGACAUGGUUCCUAGAUGUGCCCAGUCUUGUUUUGGUGUACAAUAAACCCAACAAAUUAAGCAAUUAAUGUGAUUCCGAGUGUGG